AAAUAGUAAAAAUAAAACACGUGAAAACAGGACUCACGAAUUAAAUAAAACAUCAUUUAAUAAUUAAUACUAUAGAAGUAUUAUAUAUAUUGGUAUUGGAGGUGGAGGAGUACUCAGCAACCAACCCAACAUUUCUCCCUCGUGACAAAUCUCAAUUUGCAAGAAGAAAGAAGAAGAAGAAGAAGACAGAAACUGAAACUGAAACUUUGUUAAAAUGAUGUCAAGUUCUAUGGAUUGCUCUGAUUCCGCCGCUACUCGGAGAUUCUCCAGGAAGCCGAGCUUCUCCCUGACGUGCAGUCGACUGAGUCAGUAUCUGAAAGAGAACGGUAGCUUUGGAGAUCUCAGCUUAGGGAUGUCAUGCAAGCCUGAAGUCAACGGCAACUCACGUCAGCCCACAACGACUAUGAGUUUAUUCCCUUGUGAAGCUGCUCCCAUGGCGACGGUUCAAGAAGUUAAACCCAAGAAUCUGUUUUCUCGGCAACCUAGCUUCUCUUCCUCAUCUUCCUCUCUCCCCAAGAAAGAAGAUGUCCUCAAAAUGACACAAACCACUACUACUAGAUCUGUGAGACCAGAGCCUCAAACAGCACCGUUGACUAUAUUCUACAACGGGGAAGUGAUUGUGUUCAACGACUUUUCUGCUGAGAAAGCGAAAGAAGUGAUGUACUUGGCUAGCAAAGGAACCGCUAAUAGCUUCACCGGUUUCACAUCUACUCUUAACUUACCCAAGAAUCAAACCGAGGUCAGAACCAACAUCGCUCCUACCUCGAACCAAGUUCCUCAUCUCAUGAAACCCGCAGCACAAGAGCCAAUCCUAUCCUCUUCAGCUGCAAUGGCAUGCGAACUUCCUAUUGCUAGAAGAGCUUCACUCCAUCGUUUCUUGGCCAAGAGAAAGGAUAGAGUAACGUCAAAGGCACCAUACCAAUUAAGCGAUUCAGCCAAAGCGUCUUCAAAGCCUCAAACCGGAGACAACAAUACCACCUCUUGGCUCGGUUUAGCAGCUCAAAUAUGACGGAACCACCACAAACCGUACCGGGCUAUUCUUUUUGACGUUUGCAUCAAGAAACAAGAUUAAUAUAUAAAAGCUCAUGCGUCCAUGGUUCUUAACAACUAUUCAGUUACUAGGAAACUUCAUAUAUUUGUAUGUAUUUGAUUCAUUCUUGUAAGUGUCUUUUUCUUUUAGUUUCUUCUUUUACUAGUUGUUGUCUUAUGUCUGUCUAAGCACCCACUCUCUGUGUUAUCUCAUUAGUAGUCUCGUUUAUUACUGGUUUUGUAAGAACAACAAUUUUUGUUGAGGACUAUAUUAGUUUCAUUUUUAAAUCUU